CCCCCCCCCCCAUAUCAUGAAUAUAGUAAACCACCAAAGAAAUCUAAGAACAAAUAAGCAAAAAUAAAUCUAUAAUAAACAAGCCUAAAUGAACAAACUAUAGAGGAAACCUAAUAAAACAGUGCUGUCUUAUUGCAAUGGAGAUGUAUGUAGCAGGCUGGAGAAUGUGCAGAAUUUUUACUUCCACAUCUGAUCACUAAAUGCCUUUGCCUGAUUUAGUUGUUGUUUCUGCGGCUGGACAGACCACUUAGUGUGCGACACUAGAUGUUAUUUUGAACAGUUUUCAAUUACUACAAAAGGAUGGUCAAAUAUUACAGCCAAACACACAAGAUCGACUACUUGAUCACUCUCAUAAUGUGAUUUAUGGGGAAAACUUAUUAAAAGUCCCACAAUCCCCCUUCCAGGCCGCUGUCACUGCACGCGACCUCAUCGUACGCGCUGACGCACGAACGUCGCCUAGACAACGUGGUUGUCACGGUAACGGGAGCGACGCUAAAAGGAAGCCCUAUGGACUCUUUAAACUAGCAAACGAAUGACCAUGAUUCAGAUAAAUGCGGAUUCUCAAAAUCACCACACAAUAAAGGACAUCCAGGCGCGGUCAGAGCUGGGAGGAUAUUCAGGCUGUGGAGACCAGGGCUACUCUGCUACUGUUUGAGGAUGACGUGGUCCUGUUAGCAUCACCAGAAUGUGAUCUUCAGGAUCCAGGACAGCAGUCCACAGAAGAGUGUGAUGCCAAAUGUCAUGCUGUUGGGAUGAAGGUCAGCACCUUCAAAUCUCAGGAGAAAGGAAUGGUCAGCAUGCUGACCUCCAAUGUGUGAGUUCAGCCCUGUAGAACCCCAAGCAGCGAUCCUGAGAAUUCCCCAGCAUGCACGUGUCAAGGCCUAAAUCCUCAAAAGGUCGCAGCCGGCCCAUCAUGGACUACUCCCAUAGUGCAGGGGUGGUCUCCUACCACGGUGCCGCUGUUGCCCAACGGCCCUCAUCUGCAGCACAUGAAAAAGGAGAUUGCAACAUCCACAUCCACCCCCAUUCAGUCCUUCGGCAGAGCAGCGUGAUGAGCAUGGACGAGGUGGCGGAGCUCCUGCAGAGCAUUCCCGCACCCCCAGCGGUGACUCUCAACAAGUACCGUGUGCUUCCCUCCAUCGAGAAGAAAGCGGCCUCUCAGAAUGGGCCAGAAGUCGCCGGCACCUCCAAAGCCUGGAGCGUGUCAGGGCUGGAAGCGUCCAUCUCAGCCGCAGCUGCUCCUGCCGGAGACUGCAGGACCCUGCUUCUGGCAGUCCGGUGCCCGAGCGGAAGGAGAUUUCAGCAGCACUUUCGCCCCACAGAUACUCUGCAGAUGGUGCUGAACGCUGCCGAGGCCAGGUAUGGCAAGACAUACGAGCGCGGGACGAUUGAAACCAUGGGCGUGCCCCGGGUGAGCUUCACGGAUCUCACACAGACGCUGGCUCAGAGUGGCAUCCAGAACAGGUCUGUCCUGUGCAUCUCCCAGGAGGACCACAGUGCCAUGGACACCAUGGAAUAAA